AUGGGUUCAUACAUAGACGACGGCCUCCUCGAGGCCAUAAUCGUCGGUGCAGGCUUCGGCGGCUGCUACCUCCUGCGCAACCUGCGCAAUCUCGGAUUCCGUGUGCAAGCCUUUGAAGAAGGCCAUGGCCUCGGUGGUGUGUGGUGGCAUAAUCGAUACCCUGGGGCGCGGGUGGACAACCGCACGCCUUUCUACGAGUUCUCGGACCCCGAGCUUUGGAGCGAGUGGAACUGGUCCGAACUGUAUCCUGGACAGCAAGAAAUUCUUGAGUACUUUCGGUUUGUGGAUCGAAAAUGGAACCUCAGCCAGGACAUCAUUUUCGGUACGAAAGUAACAGACGCGAGAUGGCAUGAUGUCGAAAGAGUCUGGACGGUUUGGACAGAUAAGGGGCAUUGUGUGUCAGCUCGACAUCUCUUGCUGUCGUUGGGAUUUGCAGCGAAGAAAUAUAUUCCGUAUCUGGAGGGAUUGGAGACAUUUGAGGGCUUCAAGUGCCAUACAGCAGAAUGGCCCAAACAGCCUGUCGAUUUGGCGGGCAAGCGCGUUGGCGUUAUGGGUACAGGCGCUACGGGUGUGCAAAUUAUCCAAGAACUGGGCCCUAAAGUGAGCGAGCUUGUGGUCUUGCAACGAUCGCCGAACUGUGCGCUUCCCAUGCGCCAACGGACAAAUAAGAUUCCAGUCAGCAAGGCAGAGUAUUAUGAACUGUUCCGAAAGAUGCGACUAUGUCAGACUGGAAACCUGUAUCCACGGAUCGACCGAAAGGCUAUGGACGACACGCACGACCAGCGAAUUACAUUUUACGAGAAGCUCUGGGAAGAGGGUGGUUUCGCACCGGCACAAGGAAACUACUCCGACUUCAUGACCGACCUGGACGCAAAUCAUGCGUUCUACCAGUUCUGGCGAGACAAGGUCAGGCAGCGUAUCACGACCAAUGAUCCAGAGUUGAUCGAGAACCUGGCACCAUGGGAGCCGCCGUAUCCGUUUGGCACGAAGCGGCCUUCCCUGGAGCAGACAUUCUAUGAGGUUUUCAAUCAAGACAAUGUACGUCUUGUUCCGUUGAAGAAGAAUCCUAUUAAGCAGAUUCUGCCCAACGGGAUUCAAUUCCACGAUGGAAGGACGGUCGAGCUAGAUGCUCUCAUCCUCGCCACGGGAUUCGACGCCGUGACGGGAAGUUUCUCUCGUGUCAAUAUUUAUGGACUGGAUGACAAGACACUCAACGGCGAAUGGGGUACUCAGACAAGGACAUCUUUGGGAAUGACAACAUCCGGGUUCCCCAACCUAUUCUAUCUCUACGGACCACAGAGUCCAACCGCGUUCGCGAACGGCCCUUUGAUCUCCGAGAUCCAGGUUGAUUGGAUCGUCGCAACAUUGGUGUAUAUGCGGCACCACGCGUAUACUAAGAUCAAUGCCAGGCCGGAGAAUGAAGUUGAGUGGUCUCGGUUGACGGAUGAAGCUUUCUACAGAACGCUGAUGUCGCAGAAUAAGACCUCCUGGUAUACAGGUGGAAAUAUUCCGGGCAAGCGACUGGAGGCGUUGAACUAUAUUGGGGGAUUGCCUAAAUAUCAGGAGUACCUGAAUAAUUGUGUCGAGGCUAGAUGGACUGGCUUUGAAUUGAAGUAGAAGCAGAUAUUUACAAUAUAACAAGGUUCUCUUCACAAGCAUGAAAAGGUGCACAUUGUAGAAUAAAAAUAACUAUAUGGGACUCGACUUGAGAAGCACCAAGGGGUAUAUGCUGCCAAGAAGUUACGAUCAUAAUAGACUGGCGAUUAUUACAGAAUCUAUAGGCGCUCCUUCGGCACGAUAUUGAUCUCUUUCGGCAUAAUCCAUUGAGACAAAGACUUGAAACUCAGCAUUCAAGUAUGGCGCACGCCUCGAAACACUAUACGGCUUAAUAAUCAAAGAGAAGCAAUCCUCCGACUUCAGUAGUCAUUAAUCCCACCCCUCUCCCCGAGCACCGGAUCUAGGCUCGCAUUUCUCACAUUCCAUACAGACUCAUACCGCCCCACAUGCGCACCCCCUUCUGCCCAGCCCCAACUCAUUCCUCGCGGAUACGCCCCCAUCAUCGUAAACCCUGACACCUUCAACUCUCCCACAAAUGUCCUCGGAUCAUGCGCCUCGAUCCUAUGCGCCCCUCCUCCGGUCAAACACGUAGGUUCCGGACUUGUCGCCUUGACAUCGAAUGACUUGUGCGUAACACCAGCCGGGAUAACGAAUAAAUCACCGGGGCUCACGUCGACAUAGAGCGCGCCCUCCUCAGAGCCGACACCGUACGUAUGAUUAUGAGGGUUAUCGUCCAGAUCUGCCGUGCCCCAGCGGAUUUUACCAGGGCCGGAUAACACCACCAUUACUUCGUGGGUGGCAGGGUGGUAGUGGGAUCGCUGAUAGUGUCCGUAUGUGGUCACCCAUUGCACGUCCCAACCAUGUUUUGUGAAUGUGUCAUAGGCGAGACUCGCGUCUACUGUUCCAUCUUCCCGGAGGAAACAGUUUUUGUAGAGGAGGAGCGGCUUCGGCGAGUUGGGAAUUAACGCCGUCGGUUUAACGUCGUAGGCGAUGAUUUGGGACAUUUUCAAUUGGGUAGUUGUGAAGGAUGGGAUGACUCAAAGGCGUGGUCGGUAUAUUGUGUCGAAAUAGAGCUAGAAUUAUAAGAUCAGACGCCCGUCGCAGCACUAUGGAUGCUUUCUUGCCCCCGGUUGAUUAGCUGCUAUCCCCGCAACUUCCGAGGUAUGACAAUCGGAGCACUUGGCCGACUGUGGGCCCCGGAUGCUUGGCUUACGAGCCCUCGGGGAGAGCUCCUUUGACGUAAAUUUGCCGUAGGGAGUUCUUAGCAAUAUUCAACUUUCCUAGUGUAAACUGCUCGUAAAGCUGUGCUCAAUGCACUCUUUGGAUAUGAGGUACGUACUCUUAGUGACUAACUUGCAUAUCAAGGACGUAAGAUUUCUAGAUGUUGUCCCAGGCUGGCUGUGUUAGCAACUGAAUAGUUGCACAACCCCUAUUGCUGCCCAGAAGCGGCGAGCUCAAUGCAUUCCCUCUAAUUCAAUCGCACACUCAGCUCCUUCCCAUCCAGCCACUUCUCCAAAUUCUGCGCAGCUUCCUUGUACCAGCCAUUGAUCUGCUCAUCCAGGUAUCCCGUGUGGGGUGUCAAAAGUACCUGACUCCUACCAUUCUCUCCCCAGCUCGUUGUCCUCCAAAGACUAUCCUUCGGCAACGGCUCCGUCUCAAACACAUCCAGCGCCGCCCCCCAGAUCCCACCCCGAUUCAGCGUUUCCAACAACGCAUCCUGAUCAAUCAGCGGACCCCGAGACGUAUUCACCAAUAACGCGCUCUUCUUCAUCCCCUUGAGUUCCUCGGCUCCGACAAUCCCCCGACUCCGUUCAGACAAAACGCUAUGCAAGCUAACCACGUCGGCAGUCGCGAAGAAUUCCGCCUUGGUCGCAGAUACCUUGAUGCUUCCGGCCUCCAGACCCGCGUCACGAGCUACCUCAUCUGCCUUCUCCUGUGUCAAAUUCGUCGACCAAGCAAUGAUCUUCAUUCCGAACCCCUGCGCCGCAAUCCUCGCCACCCCCGUUCCUAAUUUCCCCAACCCCAACACGCCCAGCGUCUUACCCGCCAGCGAAAUCCCCAGCUCCGACCCCUGCCACUCCCCACGCUUAAUGGCCGCGUCGUCGCGCGCUACACCCCGCGCCAACGCUAAGAUAAGAGCCCAGGUAUGUUGCACCGUCGAGUGUACGCCGACAGGGCGUGCGGAAGUCCCAGCGACUGGGAUCCCUCGUGAGGCGGCGUACGUCACGUCGAGGGCUAGAUUGCGGCUUCCGGUCGUGAGGAGGAGCUUCAGGUUCGGGAGGCGAGAGAGCGUGGAUGAUGAGAAGGGGGUGCGUUCGCGCAUGGUCAUGAUGAUGUCGUAUGGUUCGAGGCGCGCGAUGAGUGCUUCUUGCUGCGAGAGGUCGUGGGGGUUCAGCGUGUCGGGGUAGUAGGAUAUGGUGGUUAGGCGCGGGCGCAGCGGGUCGAAAUACGCUGGGGAGAUGGAUUGGUAGUCGUCGAGAAUUGCGAGCUUCAUUUUUAAGGAUUUGGGUUCGGGA